ACGUUCACAUUGUACACAGACAAGAUGGCAGCUUUACUAGAAGACGAGUUUGAAGAUGCGCCCGAUGUGGAGCCGUUAGAACCAACACUGAAGAACAUCAUCGAACAGAAAUCUUUGAAAUGGAUAUUUGUGGGUGGGAAAGGUGGUGUUGGUAAAACGACAUGCAGUUGCAGUUUGGCUGUCCAGCUCGCUUCCGUCAGGGAGAGUGUCCUCAUCAUCUCCACCGAUCCAGCUCACAACAUCUCUGAUGCUUUUGACCAGAAGUUCUCUAAGGUGCCCACUAAGGUCCAGGGCUAUGAGAACCUCUUUGCAAUGGAGAUUGACCCGAGCCUGGGUGUGGCAGAACUGCCGGAUGAGUUCUUUGAGGAGGACAACAUGCUCAGCAUGGGUAAGAAGAUGAUGCAGGAGGCCAUGAGCGCCUUCCCUGGCAUCGACGAGGCCAUGAGCUAUGCGGAGGUCAUGAGGUUGGUGAAAGGAAUGAACUUCUCCGUGGUGGUCUUUGACACGGCCCCCACUGGUCACACGCUGCGGCUGCUCAACUUUCCCACCAUUGUGGAGCGUGGUCUGGGCCGCCUCAUGCAGAUAAAGAACCAGAUCAGCCCUUUCAUCUCCCAGAUGUGCAACAUGCUUGGCCUGGGCGACAUGAACGCAGACCAGCUGGCCUCUAAGCUGGAGGAGACCCUGCCGGUCAUCCGCUCAGUCAGCGAGCAGUUCAAAGAUCCUGAACAGACCACUUUCAUCUGCGUGUGCAUCGCUGAGUUCCUCUCUCUGUAUGAGACGGAGCGGCUCAUCCAGGAGCUGGCCAAGUGCCGCAUCGACACGCACAACAUCAUCGUCAACCAACUUGUUUUCCCUGAGUCGGAGAGGCCGUGCAAAAUGUGUGAAGCCCGCCACAAAAUUCAGUCCAAAUAUUUAGAUCAGAUGGAGGACCUUUAUGAAGACUUCCACAUAGUCAAGUUACCGCUGCUGCCCCAUGAAGUCCGAGGGUCUGACAAGGUCAACAUGUUCUCUCAGCAACUUCUGGAACCCUACAAACCCCCAAAUAAGUGAACUCCCCCUCUGCAGGACCGCCCUCUCCCUCCUGCAGACCACACCUUAACAGUCUGAACUCGCCUCCUCCCCUGCAGUAACCGCCUCAAGUUGAUCCACUCACUCCUCAGUCCGUCAUCCUAAGCAGAGCACUGCUACAGCAGGACACAUGUCCUUGUUGAAGUGGAGCUGAUGAAAUCACACACACACACACACACACACACACGCGCGCGUAACCUUCGGUAUUGUUAGAGACGUAAGACAGUACAGAUUUGUUUGUCUGUUACUCUCAGUUCACCUCCACGUUCCUUCAUAUCCUCUGUGUGGCGGUUGUACUGUUGCUACUUGAAGCAUUUAACUUUCUCUCAACAAA